AUGACUGUGCCCGGGGCCUCGGUCUCAGUAACUGUACGCCCAGGCUCUGUUAUGGUGACCUUUGCAGUUUUAGUUGCGUGUAUUGUGAUGGUUGUCUCCGGUUCUUCGGGUGUAGACAAUGUAGUCUUCGCUGCUGGCGAAGAUACUUCAGCCUCGAUUGGCGUUGUAGAUACUCCCGUGGUCUCUGAAGCUUCGCUCGGGGAUACCGUGGAAGAGCGACUAGCUAACUCUGUGGAUACACAGAGGCGGCUGAGCUCCAUAUUUCAGUUUGCGACGAGUGGGAUUUCGAAUGAGGUCUGUGUGUUGGUCGCUGUGGGACUUUCGGACGACGUUGCUGAUUUGAAAGGUGUGGGUGGUUUAGACGAUACCGAUGCUUUCGUCGAGGUUGGCGUCUCAGAAGAGGUCAGUACUUUAGUGACCGUUACUGUAUUGGAAUUUUUUGAUAAGUCAAGUGGUGUUGAUGUUUUGGAAGGUGUCAAUAUUGUAGUCAAUUCGGAUUUUUUGGAUGGCAUAGUUGUGGCAGUAGUAGCCUUCCACCAGAUAGUAGUCGUGGUGGUCCAGCAGCCCUCGCAAUCCUCAGCAGCUGCCGUGGAGGCCUUGGCUUUGACUGAAGCUUUGCGAGUGACCACGCUGAAAGACAGCCCCUCCGGCGAGUUAUUUGUUGCUCUUUGUGAUGUUACAGUUGAAGUAGGUGAUUUUGUAGCUGAUGAUGUUUCACUGGUCUUGCUGUCUGAAGUUGGUGAAGAUGUCUUCUUCGAGAAAAAGGUUGAAGAAUGCGAUGAGAUAGAAGAUGAAGUAGACGGCGUAACAACUUUGAGCACCGGAGAGAGCUUUUUGGAUGUACUCUUGCUGAUACUCGAUGGAGAUUGA